AUGGCUAACAAGGUUGUCGAACCGGAAGUUGAACAAUCGCAGGGCGAGCAAGUCACGAAAACUGUUUCACGCUUUACGCGUUGGUAUCGAAGUCCACUCUUCAAUGUUAUCAUCGUGGGACUUAUUUCGUUUACCCAGCCUGGAAUCUGGAACGCACUGAACAAUGUUGGAGCUGGCGGCCAACAGGAACCUUACCUCGUCAACGGUGCCAAUUCCCUGACUUUCGGUAUCAUGGUCUUUGGCUGCUCGAUCUUCGCCAUUCUUGCGAAUAAGUUUGGUUUGAAGAACGUCUUGAUUCUGGGAACCCUAGGGUACGCGCCUUACUCCGCCUCGCUAUACGUCAACAAUCGUUACGGUACUGAGUGGUUUGUCUUGUUUGGCGGCGCUACCUGCGGACUCGCAGCGUCAGCUCUCUGGGCCUCUGAGGGUGCGAUCGCACUGGGCUACGCAGACAUUAAAGAUCGUGGAAAGUUCACGGGCAUUUGGCUCGGACUGCGAGAGCUCGGCCAGCUGAUUGGCUCAUCGAUUCAGCUGUCUCUGAACUACAAAAGCGGACAAAGAGGCAAGGUCGGGUACACAACAUACAUCGUCCUUAUUGCACUGCAAUGUCUGGGGCUUCCACUCGCCCUUCUUGUCUCACCACCACAGAAGGUCAUCCACCGUGACGGCCGCAAGGUACCGGAUCCGACGAAGAACAAGGUUGUCAUGAAGGAAGUGUCGAAAUGGUGGGCGUUGCUCACAGAUCGACGCUUCUACCUUCUCAUUCCCGUCAUGAUCGGCUUCAACUGGAACAACACCUAUCAGGGUAUCUACCUCACCAGGUACUUCUCAGUCCGCGCCCGAACUCUCGGCUCAUUGACUUCAGGCGUCGCUGCCACCAUAGCGAACCUCUUGUGGGGCUGGCUUUACGACACGACGUACUUCAGCCGCCCAGCCCUAGCAAAGAUAACCUGGACCUUCUUCUCAGUGCUGAUGCUGGCGCUGUUUGGAUGGCAAGUUGCUAAUGAGAAGCUGUACUCCGAAGCAGUCCCGAAGGUCACUUUGGAUUGGGAUCUUCCCGGAUUCGGUCGCGGCUUCGCAGUGAACGUGCUGUUCCGCUUCAUGAACGAGUCGCAUUACAUGUUUGUGUACUGGAUCCUCGGAGCUUUCUUCGACGACAUCGAGACGCUGACUCUAGCUGUGGGUCUGCUCCGGUCUUUUGAGUCUGUUGGAUCUUGUCUGGCAUUUGGCAUUGGGGCGGCCAAGAUCAAGCCCAUGAUCAACCUGAUCAUUGCCUUUGUCAUGUUCUCAGUUACCAUACCGUCGACUUUCGCGGCAACGUUCAUCGUGCCAGAGCGACCAGUCGAUGAGCGUAAGGCUGUGUCGGAUGAUGAGUCUGUAGAGGCUAUUAAAUGA